AUUUAAAAUUCGGAUCAGAUAAUGACAAUCCGAAGUCAAUUUCCCUAGUGGCCUUGGGACCGUGGAACCAUCGAGCAUUCCAGAGACAUGUGCGAAUGACAUGCCUCGCCAGCCGGGAUAUACGAGCAGGUCUCAGCCUGGUCGUAUUAUCAGGAAUCCGAUCCAAUCCGGAGCACACCACAUCCAUAUUGACAGCCCAAGAAGGCAGGCAACCCGGACUGGACCUGUUUCGAUGGAGAGGCUCGGGUCCGGUUCUCGGGAUGGAUUCUCUGCUUUUCGUCGUUUUUAACCCUGCUGUCCCCAUCGGUGCAGAAGAUGCACAACCUCACCAGUUCUUGCAGAUCUUUCCUGCCUGCAUCCUAGCAACAUGGGCUUCGUCGUCCUCCCAGCCCUCGUCUCCGACAUCGAAAAGGUAUACGACAUCUACUUCGCCGCCUUCGGCAAUGACCUGCUCGGGUCUCUGAUGCUGAAAAUCCUCUUCCCCGGCGGCAUCACCAAGGAAUUCCGCGACGUGCAUACCCGCGAAACGCUGAGAUUCUGGCAAACAUGCCCCUUCCAGUACACCAUGAAAUGCGUCGACACGGACACCGGUGAAAUCGUUGGUAUGGCUCUCGGGGACAUCCUGUUCCAUGAACGGACGGCGGAGGAGAGACAGCGGCCCGCCAUCGGCUGGCUACAGGGGGAAGCGCAAGAACGGGCCGAGAAGGUUGUCGGCCGUCUUUGGGAGGCGCACGAGAAGGUGCUAGGGGGACGACGACAUAUCUAUGGUCAUGUUGUCGCCGUCCGUCCGGAUCGUCAAGGACAAAAGGCCGGCGCUGCCCUCGUGCAAUGGGGGAUUGAUACCAGUAACGCCACCGGCUUGCCGCUGUACUUCGAGGCGUCUCCGUCGACAUACAAGCUGUACGAGAAGAUGGGGUUCGAGACCCUGCCGGAGACAGUCGUUCACAAGGCCGAGGAUGUGGGGACAGAUGCAGACGUGGAAGUUCCGCUGAUGGUCCGGAUGCCGUCGUCCGCCGGAAUUACGUUCGCGGAGUGGCGGCAGCGAGGGUUUUCCAAGCCGUAG